AUGAAAGACCUGUAUACGUUCGAUUACAAUGCGGAACAAGCGCUAGUGACAUACGAAGCAACGCGGGAAGCGUACAAGCGCAUAUUUGACACAUUGAAAGUACCCUAUUUAGUUGCUGCUGCCGAUUCAGGGAACAUGGGCGGCAAUCUGAGUCACGAAUUUCACUUCAUCAGUGACAAAGGAGAAGACACACUAAUCAGCUGCUCGAAUUGUGAUUACGUAUAUAACGAGGAAGUAUCGGACGGCCGCACAACCGCAAGUGUUACUGAGAACCCACUGGCUGCUCCUAUGCCAUCGGAAACUGGCGUCGGGACUGAUAACCCCCUGGCUAUAUCCAUGGCACUGUGGACUGCCAUUUCAAAGGAUAAAAAGACUCUAGUCAGAGCUUGGUACCCACGAUAUUCGACUCAAGAUCUCGGCAGUGAGCCGAGGGAAAGAGAAAUCAAUUCGCACGCUGUCAAGGCUGUAGCCAAAUCUGCAGGGGUUGAUCUCGAUACUAGUGUGGAAAAUCCUGUUAAACUUUGGUACGAGCACGUUAAGAAUGGUGAGAUAGAGACUCUUGGCUCCUACGAAGAAUCAGCCCGAGCCCACAAGAUUCUCGAUCUAUAUGAUUCGCAGGUUGCCCCCUACAGUCGUCCCCCUCUCAGUGGACUACCGGAGGACUUCGACAAAGUCAAACACCCCGUUGAUUUUGCCCUAUUGAACUGUUUCCCUGGUAGUCAAGACGGAUUCAGCUUGACCCGAGUCAUCGAUGGCGAGAAGUGUCCGAAGUGCUCCACGGGUUCUUUACAUACGCACAACGCAGUGGAACUCGGUCACACUUUUUACCUUGGUACCCGUUACUCAGAAGUUCUCAAUGCCAAGGUCUUUGUGGACGACUCGGCUCUCAAGUCCAAGGAACCCAUCAGCAACAAAUCCCAGAAGGUUCCGAUGGAAAUGGGUUGUCAUGGCAUCGGCGUUUCUCGAAUGAUAUCUGCAGUGGCCGAUGCGUGCUCCGAUGUCCACGGCUUGAAUUGGCCGAGAGCAAUUGCACCAUUUGAAAUCGUUGUUGUACCGGGUCGAGACCUCGAGUCCGAAGCUGAGAAUGUCUAUGAUCAUCUGAGACGGCAUACAGAUACCAGCGAUGUCAUUCUGGAUGAUCGUGCCAAAAAAGUCGGAUGGAAACUUAAGGAUGCUGACAUGAUUGGAUACCCGGUGAUCGUCGUCGUCGGAAAGGCGUGGCAGUCGUCACAGAAACUUGAAGUGCAUUGUCGACAGUUGGAUGGUCUACGGGAGGAUGUUCCUGUGGACAACCUGGUUGAUUGGAUUCGAUCGCUGUUGGAGAAGCUUUAA